AGAACUUCUACUGUACACGCGCCUCGUCUUGUACUGCAUUAUGAGGCUUACAACAACGCAUGUCAUGGAAAGUAAUACGACAACAAGAUGUGUCUCUUGGAAACAUUCAAUCCCGUAACAGGUGACUCCAUCAUUAUCACCCGUACCAUUAUCGUGUGGGUCGAUGUGUUCCUCAUAAACACGCUGUGCGACUACUUUGGACAAAAGGAAUGUUCCAGCAGCCGAUGUAAAGCCAUCAUAAAACAUAUAAUUCGCUCCGACGUGGGCUGUGCCGAAGAAUUCACCGACACAAAGCACCAAAAGUGGCCAAAACAUGCCAAAGGCGAUACCGCUUAGAGUUACGCCGAUCACAAAGAAUACUUGAUCAGUGGCGAAGGCCAAUAUUGUAUGCGCUACAAUUGACACCAUACUCGCAGCGACAAAAAAGAAGGGACGAGGGACCCCUUUGUCGAUACAACAACGUUGCGUCUCGAAGRUGAGUGCGGAUUCUGACAAAGCUCCAGUAAUGACUCUCCCUCCAGAUUGCGCUACCGAGAAAAGGGCCAUGGCAGCUGGGGUAACCGCAUUAUUAAAUCCCAACGACUCAACCAUUUGCGCAAGGUUGUUCGUUUCGACAGUACCACUACCYGCAAGAAUAGUCGUCGUCCACAGCAUCAUCCACGCAGAUGGUGACUGAAGCAUUUGGAAGAGGUUACGGUCUUGUGUCACUCUAGCAGAUCGCCUCGUAGCAGAACCAUCGACUGAUUCUUCGUCCAAGAUCUCCUCUUCGUCGUUUGGGAAAGACUCCUGGUUCAUCGGUUCCAAGGAAAUGUCGCCAGUGCUUGAGUUUUCAUUACUUAUUAUGACAGUUUCGGUGUCMACAUUGCUUUCCUCGUGAAGCGCCAAUUGCUCGUAUUCGGCAUCACUCCUUGAGCCUCGUCCUCCACUGACACUAGCAGCUUCUGUCCUUGGUUCUGAUUCCCAAUCGCUUCGUUGCGGCAGAAACAGCAAGGAGGCAAUUGGUGCUAUCCACACAAAGAGAAGAAGCGCAGUCAUGAAAAAAUUCGAAGAUGGUUCCUCGUGAUUGCUAUUUCGAGCAUCAUGGUAAAGGCCCAGAAGCGCAUUGCCGAUGACCAGAGUAGCUAGAACCACCAACGAUACGUACAUCACCCGGAAAUGUAGUGGCGUAAGUACGUCCGGAACGAAUGUUUCGUUUGCCUUGCUCGGGAGACCAAUCGAGCUUGGAAUUGCUGCUGCCGUGAUGAAGAAAAAGGCACAGAGUGGCAAGAAGUCGAGGUCGGACAUGCUCGGUUGUCGUAUCGAUUGGAAGAGGCAGGCGUAAGCUCCGCUGCCCAAACCGACGAAGCCCUUGGCAAUACCGACGGCGCUGCCUUUAGAUCCCGGACCGCAUUGACACGAGAUAACCUUGAAAACAGAGCCUGUGACCAGCGCACAAGAGAGAAAGAUUCCUAUGUUUAGAAUGGAAAGAAUCAUUACARCAAACGUUGGGUCUCCAUUCUCAUCCACAAAGUAAGGGAAGUGUCCCUUGGCAACCGACCAAAACAGCAUUAACGAAAUAGCACCCAUGAUCCCACCAAUACAGAUACCAUUUCUGGUUCCAAAUCGAUCAGCCAUUGCUCCAGGAAUAAACGAGAAAAGGCCGGCACUGAAAAAUACCGCCGAUAUAGUGUCGAGCUGACCCUGUGUGAGGUGAAGCCUUUUCUUCAGAGCACCUCCGUACAAUCCAAAGGCAUAGGUUGUUCCGCCAGUGGUGAUCGAAGCUAAGAUAGCGCACGCAAUUCGAGGAAUGUUGGUUUUCAUUAUUGGAAGAUUUCGCAUAUUUUCGUCCAGAGGAGAGUAUCUUUCAGCUACUGAAGUCUCAACAUCAGACGUUGAAAUCGUUGUUCUCGUUCUCGGAGAGCGUUCGACACUGCCGUCGCUGCUGUAGUUCGAGUAGCUAUCAAUAUCUUCAUCUCUUUCACUCUGUUGYCGUCGUUGGCGCCUAAYAGCUCUGGCCAUUGUUGAGAAUCSKUGAAUUGGCUAAAGUGUAAUACAGUAAAUUGUACUGUAACAGGUAACAAGGCAUUCAAUCAAAUGGUACCGGUACCGUAGAAGCGGCGCAUCUCGUCAUAAAAGAAAAACUCUACCGAUAUUAUGAUAAUGAAGAACGCGUCUGGCACCACGAAAUGUCCCAGUUUCACGAGCAUCGGAUGACCAAAAACAUGUUUUCAACAAAGCAGAAGGUCUAUUUGUUCACUAUCUACUCGGGAUUUACCCAAUUUACCCUCCAAAUUAUGGUGUAACGGCAAUCGCGCUCGAGAAACGUCCAUACAAGAACUACGAGUAUGUUUCAAAAAUGAAUUACGCACGUACCAGUACGAGUACCGGUCUACCUUAUGCGGAUACGUAACGUACGUAUUACGGUAAAGAGGGGUCUAACUUAGAGCCCAAAAUAAAAUAAAACCGGUAUUUUGUGGCACCUCCGGUYUGAAAGAUUCGUACGAGUGGCAUUUUUCUCUCUCACGAUUUUUAUUUUCGAUCUCGUUUCCAUUGUGCCUUCACUCCUAUCAGAAAUUAGGAUUGCAUUGUAAUACCGAUGAGCAACAUAUUACUUGCCUCAAUCCCGCUUCUGCUCCCAACUUUGGUUGCGAUAGAUUUGUUGGAAAAUCCCUGGACAGUAGCCAAUUCGUGGUUCAAGGAAUCUUCGCCGUCGAACGGUAACAAUGAAGGCGCCGAAAUUCCUUCCGUGAGCUCGCAGCUCCUAGCAUACUUGAUCAUGGGUGUAUCUGGUUACGUGCUGACUAAUAAGCUGGUCCUUAAUAUCAAGGUAUGUAUUUCUUAUAUCAUUAUGAUUCUUCUGAUUUCAAAACUAGGUUUUGCGUAGUUUUGAUCCCAUCGAAGUCAGCAAUURCAAUUUCUUUCGCACUAAUGUACUUCUCGUACUUCUCUGCCAUGAUUGGAAAUUCCGGUUACUUUCAGGACUACACUCUGCGAAAKGGAAUAUUCGGAAAAGAUCUAGGAAAGAGAGGGACAGACUUGGCUGAUGUACCCGUGUAAGUUUGAAUUCUUCAACUGGUUGGCGUCACGAAUACCGAAACUGGGUCCAUGCUGGAAUUUUGUCUUGUAGGGUUUGCGAAUCCAACACUUCAACUUAGAUCAGCAACCUUACUUGAAGCUCUUUGUUCUUGUCUUGGUUUCUUUGUCGCUGUGAUUGAAUGUUCAUUGAACCGAAUCGAAAUAAUGUCGCAUCGAACCGUCGUAGACCCGAAGCGUUGGGAAUAGUUCCGGGAGCCAUAUUUUUGAUAUGUCUAAUUUUUUGUCUGGUUGGAUAUGCUACCUCUCAUCCAUCAAAGUUGCUGGAUUUGAAUUCCGCCUUACUGUCGAUUUGCUUCAUGCUUUUCUUGGGGUUCACGGACGACGUAUUGGACUGGCCCUGGAGGUACAAACUUGUUCUUCCAACCGUUGCGUCUCUGCCGCUUUUGUGUUGUUACAAUGGAAGUACGUCCGUCGUCGUUCCGAUACCCCUCAGAGCUCUACUUAUUCAAACGCAGGAAUUGACACUACUCGGAAAUGUUGCAAGCUGGUUUGUUGAAAUCGAUGUGGGGAGCAAUGGGAAAUUUUUAGACUUGGGGUUCUUCUAUUUGUUGUACAUGGGCAUGCUAGCUGUUUUUUGCACAAAUGCUAUCAAUAUCUACGCAGGGAUCAACGGUCUUGAAGCGGGCCAAUCUUAUGUGAUCGGAUGCGCCAUCCUACUYCAUAAUUUCAUCGAAAUACGGUCCCAGUCCUUGACCCAAGAAAACCAUCUUUUUUCCGCAAUGAUUAUCUUGAGCUUUGUGGGAGUCACGCUGGGAUUAUUAAGACACAACUGGUAUCCCGCAAGCGUGUUUGUGGGCGACACAUUUUGCUACUUUGCGGGGAUGACAUUUGCGGUCGUUGGUAUUCUCGGACACUUUAGCAAAACCCUCCUUCUCUUUUUCAUCCCGCAAGUAAUUAAUUUCGUCUGGAGUGUUCCCCAGCUCUUCAAGAUCGUCCCAUGCCCUCGGCAUCGACUGCCUGCCUUCGAUGCCUCCACGGGUCUUAUGACACCCUCUACAUUCGAGUGCAAGCCCAACCAAUAUCUUUGGUUGAAGAAACUCAACCGCCUUGACGCCGGGGACGUUCGAAUCCCAAACAUGACUACGAUAAACAUGGUUCUCUCGAUAUUGGGGCCAAUGAGUGAGAAGAAGUUGUGCACGKUUUUACUAGGCAUUCAGCUCACAAGUUGUGCCUUUGGAUUCUUCAUGCGGUACUACAUUGCUGAGUUCUUUUUUUAACGCACAACAAUUGAUUUGAAUUGCUACUGGUAGUUGAUUCUGACACUACAAUCUGGGACUGUGGUUCAUGAAAGAACAGUAAAUACUUUUAAUGCCCAUAAUAACAAAAGAGAUCUUAAUUUUCUAUUUGAUAAUGUUGAACUUCGUAAUUKGAUUGAAUCGAACUUCCUAUCGUAUUAUUUGAUUGCAUUAUACUUUACAACGUUUGUUCGUAUUUACACGAAACCCACUGCAUCCAGCCAAUCUUUCGUAAUUUKAUUAGACCUUUACAUAGCGACUGUGAUCUUACUUCAUUCUUUGAUAGUACCAAAGAGUAUCAAGAGUCUCAGGUUCCUUGUUUUUAUCGGUGGAGUGAUGUGUUGAUUCAUAAUGCUAUCAUCACUUGGUGCCACGUCGUUUUCAAUUCCUUCCAGCUUGUACACACAUUCAGUUCUUCGCCGUUUGAUUGGGAACUCUCAAAGCCACCGUGUGACCGUCGUAUUCCUUGAUGAUAAUCGAAGAAGGACCAUCCAUUUCAAUUGUGAUCAAGGGCGAUGGUGGAUUCUCGUUGUUCGUGCUUGCCGCCUGACAGGGGGUGAGACUCGAUGCAAGCCGUGUCAAACUUGUGUAAACACCACUGUCGAUAUCAUCGUGGUUAUCGCUAGUCACAGCAUCCGGAGUAUUUUCUGACGACAUUUUCCCUUUUGAUAUCAGACAGAGCCCAUUAAUAUCAUUGACCAAGAUACCUCCGAUCCCGGCCCUCUGAUCACCCGA